AGUCAACGUCGUCGUCGUCGUUGCCGCCGCAGUCGCAGUCGCCAUAGCGGCCCAGUGAGUGCGAGCAAGCCAGAGUGAGAAAGCCCCACGAGAUGGUCUCGAAGAAGCGUUCCAGCGUCGCCGAGCGUGUCCAACGCUCAACGGCAACGGCAGCAGCAGCAGCAGCGGCAGCAGCAGCAACAACAUCUGCCCCAGCGUCAAGUGCGUCCGGAACGACGGGGAAGAAGCGGGUGGGGAAACAAGCGAAAGCUCCCACAGAGGAGACGGAGGAAAAGAAGUCAGCGUCAGCAUCAGCAUCAGCAUCGGGCAAGAGGCAGACAAAGGAUCCUUCAGCAGGAGCACAAGGAGGAGGAGGAGGAGGAGGAGGUGGAGGAGCACCAGCCACAGAGAGCAGCACCAGCAGUGGCUCCAAGUCGAGCGCCCAAACAACGCCCAAGCUCUCGCCCGAGGAGCGGCAGGAGGAUGGCAAGGCGCGGGCCAUCAACAAGAUGCUCAAGAAUCUGGACAUCAAGAUCCAUGGAUUCGACAAUCUCCUGCCCGGCGGUGAGGGGCCCCUGAACGUGGGCUCCAUCUCCAAGUCCUCCAUUUCGGAGAACGUCAAGACCAAGUCGCGGGCAGCCGCUGUCAAGGUGAUAGCCAGCCUCAAUCCGGGCAAAACGAUGCCCGUGAAGCGGCCGCCGCGUCCCUCCCCGGAGAAGGAGAAGGACAGCAAGGAGAAGCCAAAGCCGGAGACCAAAACGGAACCAGACUCCACCAUCGAUGGUGCCACAGAUGCCAAGGAAUCUCAAGGAUCGAAAGGAUCCAAAAAGGCAACGCAUACGAGCGCAAAGAAGACAAAGGUGGAGACAGUGACUGCAACAGCAGUUCCAGCCACGACGCCAGCAGCUGCUGCGGCUGCUGCUUCUGUAACACCUGCCACAAAACAGGGCAAGAUGCCAGCCAAGAAAGGAGCAACAGCAGCAGCCCCGAUGGCACCAGAGCAGCACCCGAAACCUCCCCCGGCAAAGGUGCUCAAGGCCACGAAGAAGGCGUCGAAUCCGUCGUCCCAGCGCCUGCCCGACUCAAAUACGGAGCCCGUGCAUAUGGAGCUGGAGGAGAUUGUUGGCACGGCCACAGCCACAGCCACGACAAGGACACGGACACCGACACCAAAUCGAACGCCAACAGCCACGCCCACGCCCACACCCACGCCUACUCCCACACCCACGCCCACUCCCACACCAACAGCAACGCCCAUAGCGACACCCACGCCCGUGGAGAGUCCUGGACCGUCAGCGGCUGCAAAACAGCGGCCGAAAAUCAAGUACACAAAAACCUCGGCGGGAUCGAAGGUUCGCCUGCAACAGCAGCAGCAGCAGGGUGCAGGCGGGGCUAACCAGAAGGCAAUGCCUUCGUGGGGCCACGGCGGAGCGGGUGCCAAGGAUAUUUACGACUUCAAGUCGGGCUCCGAGGACGAGGAGCCCAUCAAGAUGGUGCUGCCAGCGCUGAAGCAGCUGCGGGAAUUCUCCGAAGAGGACAACAAGCCGCUCAAGCAGCCCAAGGAGAAACCGAAUGAAGACCACGAGAAGAAGCAGGAAGAGCAGGAGGAUAAGGAGGAAAAGGAGGCUAAGCUCAAGGCGGAAGAGCUGAUCAAGGAGGAGGAGGGGGAGGAGAAGGAGGUGGAUAAAGAGAAAGGUAAGCAAGUGGAACAGCCAUCAGCAUCCACAGCAGAAGCACAGUCCGAACCAGUAGCAGCCACAACCACAACCACCUCCAAGAUCAGUGCCACAGCCGCCGCCAAGACCAGUGCCGCAGCCGCCUCCAAGAUCAGUGCCGCAGCCGCCACCAAGAUCAGUGCUGCAGCCACCUCCAAAAAGCAAGCGAAACGCAAGCUGGCAACAUCCUCGUCACCCUCGCCUAAGGCACCGCCCGGAAAGAAGAAACCCACAGCGUCGAAGGCCGCACAAGCAGCGGCAGCAGCCGCAGCCGCUGCCAACCAUAGCCCCGCGAGCGAUAGCUCUGCGGAGAGCAGCGAUUCCGAGGACGAGAGGAAGCUGAGCGCCUACAGCGGCCCCAAGCGUCAUCGCAUGGCCUCCCUCAAUGCCCUGGCGAAGGUGCAGUGCCUCUACGAGAAUGAAUCGCGGACCGCCCACGAGCUGGGGCUCUCGAAGGCAACACAACAGCCGCCACGGAUACGGACAUUGGAUGGCAGCGAUGACGACAACAACCACAAGGAGUCGCCGCGCCAUGGAGAGGACAAGGACAAGGACAAGGACAAAGACAAAGAGUCCUCGUCGACACCGUCAACGCCACCAGCACCACCACCGCCGAAAGAGAUUGAGCCCCGACGGGAGCUGCGGUACGUGCCCGGCGGCAGGGGCGUGGGCAAGCACUGGGAGUUCGAUAGCGAUAGCGAGGGGGAUGAAAUGCAGCUGCCGGCCCUGCCGCAACCCAAGAAAAAGAAGCUCCAAAAGAAGCCGCCACCAAAGAAGGCGGCAGCGGCAGCGGCGGCGGCGGCAGCGGCGGCGGCACCAAGCAGCAGCGAUGCAGAUGCCAAGAGGCCAGAGAAACCGAAGCCACCGCCGAAGCAAGUGCCGAAGAAACGAAAGACACCGUUCACCGAGGAGCUGAUUGGCGACUACAAGGGGAUCCUGGCCAGAAAGCGAAUGGCCAGCCUCAAUGCCAGCGCCAUCGUGGCGGCCACCUACGAGGUGGAGCGUCAUCUGGACAAGAAUCUGGCCAGUGAUUGCAGCAGCUUCGAGAGCUACGACGAGCUGGAGAUGCAGGCAGUCGUCCAGCAAUCCACCAAGAUGAUGCCGAUCAAAACGGAGAUGCACAUCAAGAAGGAGCCAAAGGAGACCAAGGAAUCCCUGCGGGAGAGGGAGCGCGAAAGGGAGCGCGAAAGAGAACGCGAGAGAGAACUAAGGGAAUCAUCCCUCAAGGACAAGGUGCCGCCGAGCAGUCACAUCCUCAUCGAGGAGAGCAACGACUCCAAGUACUCGAAGGAGACCAAGGAGACGAACACGGACGCGACGACAACCACCGGCAGCACGACCACCGGCGGCGGCUACCGCGACUCGAGCAGCACCAAGGAUGCCAAGGACUGCAGCCGACCGACCUCCUCCAGCGUUGUGAUUGUCCAGGACACCGAUGUGACCAUCACGGGCGUCUAUGUGAAUGCCAGCAAUGGUGCGGCCCAAGAGGCCUACUGCAAAAUGCAAUAUCGUGUCCAGUCCAGCGUCACCGAGGAGCGUGUCCUGCGGCCCGGCUCCGUCGAGCCACCGAAAUCGUAUACGCCAUUGAGUGCGCUCUCCAGCAUGCUGCCGCCCGGCGCCAGCUCUGGCCUCAGCGAGGCUCAUAGCUCGCCGCCGCUGCCCAUUCAACCGGCAGCGCCGCAUGUUCUGCUGCCUGGCGAACAUCUGAGCGCCGGGAUGUACCAUGCCCCCGAUCUGGGGCUGCACACGGAGCAUGCCGUGCCCGAGCAUCAUGGCCCGCCGCCACCCUCGUAUGCCGCCGCUGCAGCAGCGGCCGCAGCAGCCGCUGCAUACCAUGCCCACCAACUGGGCCCUGGAGGGGCCGGCGGCAUGCUGCACAUGCAUCACCAGCACCAGUAUGCCGCCCAUGCGGCGCACGCCCAUCACUACCAGCAGGCGGCCGAGUACGGCCACGGUCCGCCGCCGCCACCUCCGCCGCAUCACUACGGAGGACCACCGCCGCCUCAGGUGCCACAUUACGGGCCACCGCCGCCUGGGGCGCCACUGCCAGUGCCCGUGCCGGUGCCAGUGCCGGUACCAGUGCCUGUGGCCGUGCCAGUGCCACCCGAUCGAUGCGAUGUGGGAUCGCCGCCGCCCUCGUACCGGGCCAGUGCCUAUCCCCCGCCGCCGUCGGGUAUUGUGCCACCACCGACAAUAGGCGGCGGGUCGAGUGCCUUCUGUGCCCCGAAUCCGCACCACCAUCAUCAGCACCACAGCCAGCAGCAGGGGCCACCUCAUCAUCACGAUCCCAGCGGCUACUAUCAGCCGGCUGGACCGCUGAUCUCGCCCCAUGUGAUUGCCGGCGGACCACCGCCACCACCGUCGCAGCAACAGCAACAGCAGCAGCAGCAGCAGCAGCAGCAUCUGCUUCAGCAGCAGUCGCUUAAGAAGCUGCAGGAAGAGGAGUCGGGCUCCGGCUCACCCACGCAGCUGCAGCAAUUGCAGUUGCAGCAGCAGCAGGCAGCUGAGGCAGCUGAGCAAGCAGCAGCGGCAGCAGCAGCAGCAGCGGCGGCAGCAGCAGCAGCAGCGGCAUCCCAGUCGCAGCAUCAGCCGCCACACCAGCCACAGCCACAACAUCUCCUGCAACACCAGCAUCAGCAGCAGCAGCAGCAGCAACCACCGCAACCUCAGCCGUAUCCGGCCAGUGCCGUGGCAGCCGCUGCCGCAGCGGCUGCCGGCCAUCCGGGCGUGCCGUAUUCCCGCUCAAUGCACGCGGCCCAGAUGCACUAUACGACGGCCUAUCCGCCAAACUACUAUUCGCCGUAUCCGGGCGAGGUCAUGUGCUACUCGCCGCCCGCCUAUCAGCCCUACUUUACCAGCAAGGUCUACCAAACGGGACCGCCGCCGCCGGGCCACCAUCCCGGAGUUCAUCAGCCGCCACCGCCGCCAGGCGCCUAUCGCCGCUAUCCGUACUACCAGCACGCCGGACCACCGCAUCCGCCAACGCACCCGGAGCUGUACGAGCAGCAGCAGCAGCCGCCGCCACCGGCUCAAGCAGCCUCCCAAGCGACCAGUCCGCAGCAGCAGCAGCAACAGCAACAGCAGCAGCAGCAGGGCACAUCUGUGGGAGGAGUGGGAGUGGGUCCGGCAGGGAGUCAACUGGUGCCCGCGCAUCACCACCACCAGCAGCAGCAUCAGCAGCAACACCUGGAGCACUAUCCGGGGCCCCCGAGCUAUUACGCCGGUUACAGUCCGGGAGGAGCAGGGAGUGCCGCCGGACAGUGCUAUACACGCGGCCUCCAGGGACCGUAUAUGGAGUAUCCGCCGCAGUGUCCGUGUCCAAUGCAACAAUCGUGUCCAAAAAACGUCCAUACUGGGCCUCAUAUUGGUAGCAACAUCAGCAGCAACAACAUCAGCCAACAGAACAACAGCAACAGCAACAGCAGAAGCAGCAACAGCAACAACAGCAGCAGUAGCAGCGACAGCAAGACAGCCAGCAGCAGCAGCUGCAACACUAUGUUGCAGGGUUCUAUGAACAGCAGCAGCAGCAGCAGCAGCAGCCCGAGCCCCGCUGCCACAACAGCAGCAGCGACAGCAACAUCGUUGAAUACCAGUAGAGGCCCAGUGAAAAAUGCCACCAAAAACAACAUGAACAACAACAGCAGCAACAACAGCAGUAGCAGUAGCAGCAAAAGCUACACCUGCAACAGCAACAGCAACAGCAACACUGAGGCAUUAGCAACAAACACGCGUGCAACAGCAGCAACAAACACGGAGGAGACCAACACAGCGGAGAUGCGUGCCACAGCAGCCACCAACACAGUGGAGAUGCGUGCAACAGCAGCAACCAACACGGAGGAGAUGCGUGCCACAGCAGAGAGCACACGUGCCACAGCCGCAACAAACACAGAAACGCAGACGGCAACAGCCGUGGCCGUUGCCACAGCGACGACCAACAAUAUGGGAACGCAAUGCCAGAUGCUGGUCAAGACGGAGCUGAAGAGCGACCCCUCGCAUCCCCAGGUGGCGCAGAAGAUGCAGUACGAGGCGCAUGUGAUGCCACCGCCCACGCCGCCCGAAAGCUACUGUGCCAGCGAUGACAAGUUGCUGGAGGACCAGGACCAGGAGGCGGAAAUGGAGCUGGUUCUGGGUAUGGGAAUGGGAAUGGGCAUGGGCAUGGGAAUGGGAAUGGACCUGGGGCUGACCCUGGAGAAAGGUCACAGUCACAGGGAACAGCUCAUUGAGGCGUAUGAUCUGACCUCAAGCACACCACCGCCGCCAUCGCUUCAAUCAGCAGGAACAGGAGAAGCAGGACCAGCAGCAGCAGCGGCAGCCGGAGGUGCAGGAGCAGGAGUUGGUGGAGUGCAGCGAAAGGCGAGGAUUGGCAAGAGUAUGGCCAGAGAGAUGGUGUUUGCAGCACAGCAGCAGCAGAAGCAGCAGCAGCAGCAGCAGGAGCAACCGAAGCAAGCGGGGGCGGGAGCAGGAGCAGAACCAGAGUUGCCUUUUGUACUUAAAGCUGAAAUCAAAGCAGAGACCAAAAUCAAAAUCGAGCAGGAUGACGGACGUCUGGCUAGCAGCACACCACAUAUCAGCCAAUUGCCGGAUCUGAAGCCCACAAUCAAAACGGAGCCAGAGGCGGAAUCCGAACCGGAACCGGAACCGGAACCCGAAACACAACCAGAAUUAGAAGUACCAGAAGAAGCAGAGGCCCCAGCACCCAGCAAGCAGCGCAUCAAUCUGCUUGCCUCGUCCUCAUCCGCGGCCUCCGCGUCUGCCUCAGGCAAACCCCCGAAGACGCACCACAGCUACAAGAGCCUGAUAAAGCAGGCCGAACCGCGCAAUUAUUUGUGUCCGGGCCGAACGUUUGUGCGGCGGCUCGGCCGAGCACCAGCCAAGUAUGCCAAGAGGCGUCAAUUGCUGCUCGCCCAGCGCCAGCAGCAGAGGAUCCGGGCCCAGAAGCGCGAGAAGCUGAAGCAGCAGCGCCAAGAGCGGCAGCAGCAGAGCGAGGCAGAAGCAGCUGCAACAGCAGAAGAUGCAGCAGGGGAAGCAGCAGUGGCAGCAGCAGCUGCAGCAGCAGGCUUCUCCGGCCAGGAGGAACUCAAAAAUCUAACCAGUGGCAGUGUCUCAUCGCCCAAACGGGCACGUCCACGGAAGCAGGAGAUUGCCGCCCUCCAUCUGCUGGAGGGCCUGGACACGUCGCACAGUCGGGGGUAUUUCAGUGAUCCCGAGCUGAACAGCUGUCGCAGUCAAGUGCAGGUCCAGGGGAAUGUGGGGAGUGGCGGUAUCUAUGCCGCGCCCUCACCUUUGUUGACAGCCCAUGCAGCACUCCAGCCGGCGGCUGAGAAGCGCUCCAAGUCGGAAACCAAGAAGCCGCUGCCGACAUCCACAGAGCAGCCCCCGGCAAAGAAGUCGAGAAAACAGGGCAACGGCAAGGCAAAAGCGAAGGGCAAAAAGGUGACAGCAGCAGCAGCGGAAGACGGAGGAGCUGGAGCAGGAGCAGCCUCAGCGGAGGAGAGUGCAACAGCAGCCACAACCUCAACAGCGGCCGCGGGAGCAUCGUCAGCGUCAGCGUCAGCGCCUCCUCCAUCGACAGAGACAAAUAACAAUGAGUACCAGACAGCGGAUUUGCAGGCUCAAAAGCUGGAGCAGCAGCUGCAACAUUCCGAGGAGCAACACAAGUUCCUGGUGCCGACAGCAGCAGCAGCAACAGCAGCCACUGUUGCCCCCUCAGUAAUGCCCACAGCUACGCCCGCGUCUACAUCUGGAUCUACGUCACGCCAAAGCCAACACACGACGCACACGAAGCGCGCGCGAUCCCGCUGCAAAUUUGGCAACCGCAAGCGCCAGAAGCAUCGUCCGGGGGGAGUUAGCUACGAGCUGGACGAGACACAGCCCCCAGCGACGAAGGCGAAUGUGGUGCCCAAGUGGAACAACGGCUGGAUGUGGGCGGGCAAGGCCUUCCAGGGAGCAGUAUUUCUUAAUAGCGAUGAUCCGUUGGUUUUGCGCACCUGCUAUCCGGCAAUGCGGCAUGUGGAGGGCGAUAUCAUAAGGACCCGGGACUGUGUCCUGCUCAAGGCUAACGAGGACAAUGAGCUGCCGUAUGUGGCCAAGGUGGCGCAUCUCUGGCAGAAUCCUGAAGAUGGGGAGAUGAUGAUGUCGCUACUGUGGUACUAUCGGCCAGAGCAUACGGAUCAGGGCCGGCAGCGCAACGAUUGCCCGGACGAGGUGUAUGCCUCGCGGCAUCGGGAUCACAACUCGGUGGCCUGCAUUGAGGACAAGUGCUAUGUGCUAACCUUCAGCGAGUACUGCAGAUAUCGUCGUCGCCUGCGUGCCGCCGAGGAGGAUGUGGAGGAUGUCAGCAUUGUGCCGCGUCGGCCGAGCAGUACCAUCGCCAAUGGCAACGCCACUGCCAGCGCAACCAGCACCGCCAUCGUCAAUUGUUAUCCAGUGCGUACAGUGCCGGAGCACACGAAUCCGGAGCUUGUCAUGUUCUGUCGCCGUGCCUACGAGUUUCGGACACGCCGCCUGCUCAAGCUGCCCCAAAAGAGUGCGCUCGCCGCGUUUAGCCACAGCUAGCGCAAGGCUGGCACUAGCUAAUCGAUCCUUAGCAUACACUUAGGCCUCAUUCUAAGCCAAUGAAGUGGUGAAACGAGAAGAGAUGGCAGCAUACGAGGAUACCAAAUGUUUUUUGGUAUAACAAAAAUUAGCAUAAAUUUGAACGAAGUGUUUGGGAGGAGAAGAGUGCCCCUGACAGAGGCCCAAGACAGACGAUGAUGCAUCAGAGGAUGCAUAAGAAUUGAACGAUGAGAGAUAGAAAUUGUUUUGAUCAGUCUACAGUUUACAGUAUUGUUAAAGAUAUUUUUUUGGGUCUCCAUUGUUGAAAGAUAUCUACUAUCUGUGGGGAAAAGAUCGGCUUAAGCAGCAAUUAUCGUACCGCAUUUGCGACUGUAUUCGUUGUUCCUAUCCAACUGUCGUUUGUGCGUUUCGGAUCGCGGAUAUGGCAAUUGCUGUCCGAUGUUGCCCCAAUUACACACGCCACAUACACACACACGUAUAUAGAUAUAUAUAUAUAUAUACACUAUGUAUACCUCUGUCGGGGCAUAUACACACACACACACACACACAUGACCAAAAUGUAGGCGAAAGCUUUUGAAUUACGAUGUGAAAAACGGAUGUGAAAGAUGUAAGAUGAAGAAAGGAAGGAAGGCAGGAAAGAAACGCGCGUUAUAGAAUGAGGUAAAGGAAUGAACUUUAGAACGUUAGAGCGUUAGAGCGAGCAUUAACAAAAAUAUCUUACAUUUUAUUGCAUAAACUAUUUAUUUUACUUCCCGCCCAACCCCAACCCCAACCCUCACAUAAAGACGCACACGCGCACAGAUAAUUUUGUUAUUAAGUUUUAUAAAUGUAUUUAUUUUAUAUUUCGAUUAUUUAGUUCACAUUUCUUGAACACUGUGUCCUUCUUUCUGAUGAUGAGGAUAUUUUACCAAGGAGUAGCUUCAAUUCUCAAUAACAGUAUCAUGGCAGUGCCGUUCGCUUAUGGGAAUGUGCUGCUGGUGAAACAGGCGUAUUAGACUCUCUCUCAUUAUAUGACGGCCGAGGAUUUCGCACAAAAUCGAAACGCUUGGUGCCCCACACUCUCCCACAUUCUCGUUGAACAAACUUUGUACUCAAACAAUUAAAAUUCUUACGCCCAAUCCCCAUGUACUACGUCCCCCUAUCUAUAGGAACCAUGUACAGCCAAUGCUCAGGCAAAAACAUUUUGCGCACAGACAGAUAAAGUAAGCAACCGAGAUCCUUUCGACAUGAGAUUCCCGACUCUGGAAAAAGUGGAAGACUUGACACCCAUUUUUUACUAUAGUUUUUUUUUCGUUGUUGUUAGUUUUUGUAAGCGAAUUAAAAACACACACACACACCCAAAAAUAAGAUUUUGAUUAUGUAUUUUAGAUCUGUUUUCGUUUAUUAUAUUUUGAAAAGAAAUUUGAUUUCAAUGAAAUGAUUUUCCCCUUCUUUUUCGUUCGUUCGGAAAAGAAGUCCUUAAAAAGAAGAACAGAAACAACAACA